UUUUAGCGACAAAAAAUGGAAAUAAUGCCGAAAGUUGCUGAUAAUGCGAAUGACAACGUGGCUGAGCCUGUAAAAGAAGAACGAAAAUUCAGAUAUUUGAGAAAAUGGUCAAAAUGGAACAAAGACACCUCGUAUCACUUGAGCCACAAGCCAAGUGGUUGCGCGGACAUUCCGGAUUUCGAGAUUAGAAAACCUUUUCAAGACGACGAUUGCGAUGCACCAUACGUAUUCCCAUUGCACACUACACUUUCCCAGCAGGACGAGAGCCGGCUCAAACAGGAAACAACGCACUUGUCAUUUGACAUAGUUCUGAAAGUUUUGGCAAGCUGCAACUAUGAUGUUGAUGCGACUAUAGCUAUGGCUCAAGAGAUGGCUGCUCCCGAUUUGAUGUCAGAUGCGGUGAAGGACAUGUUCGUGGCAAAUAUUCCGAUUGAGCGGGAGGCGAGGGCAAUGAAGAAUAAACCGUUCAAAAAGUUUUAUCUCUCGAAAAUGCUCAAAAAAUCCGUGGACACCAAAACGCUUGUCGAUUUCUACUACAGCGAGAAGAAUGGGAUUGGUGGAAAUUGGCGACUUGAGCAUCCAGAUUUUCCGACAAAAGAGGAGCUGAAAGCACGUGAAGAGAAAAUGAAGUCGAGCAAUAUCAGCAUUAUUCGCCAAACUCCACCGAAGAAGAAAAAUCAAAAAAUCCGGCCCAAGAAAACUGGACACAGGAAGCGAAUCGGAGGAUCCAAGGAGAAGGAUGACGUCCCGGCGAGUCCAGCGUUGAACAAUAAUAUUGAAACAAAAUCGGAAGAUCCUUCUCCAGAAAAUUCAAAAAUCUCGACCCAAAUGUUCACUGAUUGGAAAUAUCAGCUUCUUCCGAUCAAUGAGGGCUCAGCGAUCAAACAAUUCCGACUAGUGGUUCCGAAGAACUUUCCAUCGCCGAGCAACUCUGAAGCUAAACCGCCAAGGAAAGUCUACAAAAAGCGAUCAAUCGAGGAGCUGCGAGGCGGUGAAAAGAAGGACUAUCCGGAAAGAGUUCGCAAGCCACGUGUUCCUUUUGAAUAAUCCCUAAAUCUUUGAUUGUUUUUUUAAUUAAUGCUCAAAUUUUGUCUAAAAAUUUUACUGGGUCCCCCUUCUACAAACAGGAUAUUUUUGUUUUUUGCCAGUUUCCGUUCUUUCUCCAUUUCUGUGUUCUAUUUUUCUCCCGUGCUGGUCUAAAUUAUUCUAUAAUUUUGAUGUACUUCUGCCUCUCCCAUUCUUGCUUUAUUCUUAUUUCUUGAAAUUUGUUUUUCUUUGAAAAUUUUAUAUGAUAUCAUAAUAUCAAUGCAUUCUUUUAGUAGUUUGAAGAUAAAGUUGUUUUCUUUU